CUAUGGCAUGUUGCUGGCUCAGGGUUUAAGCACAAUGGACGCCUGACAAGAGCAGGUAUAAAAGUAAACAUCCGGCAGCCGCCGACUCAGUCUUGAGCUGCAACCGAAGCGCUAUAACCAUGGGCAGGAUCAUUUUCUACGAGGAGAGGAACUUCCAGGGCCGCUCCUAUGAGUGCAUGAGCGACUGCUCCGACAUGUCCUCCUACCUGAGCAGGUGCCAGUCCUGCCGGGUGGAGAGCGGCUGCUUCAUGGUCUACGAGCGUCCCAACUUCACGGGCAACCAGCACUUCAUGAGGAGGGGCGAGUACGCCGACUCCAUGAGCAUGGUCGGGAUGAGGGACUGCAUCAAGUCCUGCCGCAUGAUCCCCACGCACAGAGGCAAGUUCAGGAUUAAGAUCUUCGAAGAGGAGAACAUGAGCGGUCGGUCCAACGAGCUGCAGGAGGACUGCGAGAACAUCAUGGACCGUCUCCGCAUGAGCGACUGCAUGUCCUGCCAGGUGAUGGAGGGCCACUGGCUGCUGUUCGAGCAACCCCACUUCCGCGGCAGGAUGAUGUACCUGAGGCCCGGCGAGUACCGCAGCUUCAGGGAGACGGGCAUGAGCGGCACCCGUUUCAUGAGCAUGAGACGCAUCAUGGACUCUUGCAACUGAACAAGAGAUUUCUUUCAGUAGAAAAAACACUUCUGUAUUCGCCAAAAAGUCAUGAAUAAAAUUUAGGGGCGUAAUCCCGAC